UUAAUGUUUCAGUUCUGGCGAGUCGUAAGUUGGGGCUUUCUAUCGCUUACAACGUGAGACCACAAAACCCUUCCUGUACAUACAUGUGACGUACAUGAGACGUUUUAUUCCACUCCGGAGGAGUUGACGUUAUCAUCAUGGAUUGGAACAGACAGCGGCCGUUUAUUUCUACUCUAAUAUUCCUACUGUUGGCAGAAAGCGCAGUUCAUUUAGGAAGUUGCGCAUCAGCUGUAAACACCGGACAUGACACGUUUACUAUCAAGCACAGUAGCACUGGGAAGUGCCUCCUGGUUCAGAACGGAGCGUUGAGGUUGGGAGACUGUACGCCGGUUCCGGCCGCCUCAUGGAAGUGGGGUUCGGCCCACCGGCUGUUUAACGUGGAGUCGUCGAUGUGCUUGGGUCUGGAGGUGCGUUCCAAAACGGUGACCCUGUCCAACUGCACCUCCACGGAGAUGCUGAAGUGGAGAUGCUAUGACGACAUCAUCUACACCGAAUAUCAAAUGAAACUGAGUGCUUUACCUGAUGGCACUGUAACUGCCAAGAGGGACGUACAGGACGCUUGGAAACGAGGAGGGACCUCGGAGGACAUCUGUCAGCAACCUUACCGACAUAUGCACACAAGCGGGGGGAAUUCUAACGGGGCAUCCUGUGAGUUCCCCUUCCUCUACAAUGGGACCUGGCACCACAGCUGUCUGCCUGGCAUCGGUGAACAGACACUAGACUGGUGCUCUACUACAGCAAAUUAUGAUGUAGAUGAGAAGUGGGGAAAUUGUUUGAAAUACGUGAAAGGUUGUUCUGCUUUAUGGGAAAAAGCUCCAGGGAACGGAAGCUGCUACCAGGUGGUGUCCACAGCGGUGGUGUCCUGGCACGAGGCGCGGGACACCUGUCGUAGUCAGGGCGGAGACCUGCUCAGCAUCUCCAACCCUCAAGAGCUUGAGUUCUUUAAAGGCCGGGGAGAUUUGCCGAGCAAACUGUGGAUCGGAUUAAACCAUCUGGACUGGAUGCAGGGGUGGCAGUGGUCCGAUGGAUCCGCUUUAUCUUUUGUCCCAUGGGAAACAGGGAUCCCGGUUAGGUCUCUUAUGUCCGAUGAGGACUGCGGGGUUCUGACGGAGCCGCUGCGUUUCGGCGCUGAGAAGUGUGAGAACCAGCUUCCAUUCAUCUGCAAGAAGAACGACGAGCAGGCCGAGACUUCAGUCAGGGAGGUGUAUAAACCCACGGUGUGUAAGGAGGACGGUUGGGUUGGAUGGAAAGGGUUCUGUUAUCAGCUGCACCCGGGGUCAAAAGAGACCAGACUGACCCAAUCGGAAGCUACAAACACGUGUAAAAUGGUUGGAGCUCAGUUGGCCAGCAUGCACAGCAUAGAGGAUAUAGAAAUGCUGCAUGUGAACUUCCACAGAGAUCUAAGGGACGAGGUGUGGAUUGGUCUUAUCGGCGAUGGAACUUCCUCAGUUUUUGAAUGGAUCGAUGGAUUGGCAGUGUCUUUCACAUAUUGGGCCAGGGCUCAACCGCCACCACUUCUACCAAAUACCACCAACUGUGUGUACUACUCGGGAGAGCAUCAUACAUGGUCUAUGUCUGAAUGUGAGAGGCCAAGGUCUUACAUGUGUAAGAAGCUGGGAACGGUAAAUGACAGCUUGCCAGACGAGGGCUGUCCUACAGAAGGGAACUGGAAAAGACACAGCAAUGCUUGUUAUAAAGUGGACACUGAGCCAGUGUACUUUAAAAACAGCUGCCACAUCACCAUUAACAACAGAUUCGAACAGGCCUUUAUUAACAGUCUUCUGAAGGAGUAUAUCGGCUCUGAGACAUUAUAUUUCUGGACGGGCCUGCAGGAUUCUAAAGGUUCUGGAGAAUACCAAUUUAUCAGUCAGGAUGGAACAGCAGGACCGGUCACACACACCAACUGGAAAUGGCUAGAACCCGCUUUCUCCGGUGGCUGUGUGGUGAUGUCCGCAGGAAGUCCCUUGGGCCAGUGGGCUGCGAAGAACUGCACUCUGUUCAAAGCUGGAAAUCUAUGUAAGAAACCCAUCCAAUCCAUGGUGCAGCCCACCCCAGAGCCCAUCGUGCCCAACCUCAAUGUUUCCUGUGCACCGGGAUGGGUUUCACAAGAAAAUUCUCCUUACUGCUAUAAGGUGUUUCAUGGGGAGCGUUUGACCCGAAAGCGCUCAUGGGAGGAGGCAGAGCGAUUCUGUGAAGCGCUGGGAUCUCAUCUACCCAGCUUUACUGAGGAAAAAGAAAUGGAAGUGUUGCAUUCUGUAUUGAGAGAUGCUAUCAGUGAUGAUCGUUUUUUCUGGAUGGGGUUAAAUCGCAGAAACCCAAAUAACGACAAUAACUGGGAGUGGAGUGAUGGGCGUCCAGUCUCAAUGACGAUCUUACCGCAAGAGUUUCAAGAGGAUGACGAAUAUAACAGGAAUUGCGUUGCCUUUAAGAGUUUGAAAGGAACCUACAAGACGUUUUUCUCAAACCUGUUUCGGUAUUUCCCCUCGCGACCAUUUUAUCCUAGCACGUUUCACUGCGAUGCUAAACUGGAGUGGGUGUGUCAGAUACCACGAGGUCAGACACCAAAAACCCCAGAGUGGUACAACCCAGAUGGACACCAUAACACAUCUGUGUUUGUAGACGGGCAGGAGUUUUGGUUUGUAACAGAUCCAGAGUUGUCCUUUGAUGAGGCCGUCUUGUACUGCAGCAGCAACAACAGCAAACUCGCAGCGCCCAGCAGCCUUAAUGCCGUCCGCCACCUUCAGGAAAAACUUUAUGAGCAUUCAAAGAACACUCAGAAGAUGGUGAAAUGGUGGGCACACCUUCAUUUUCAUGGCCCUCACAUGCCAUAUGAGCUGAGCCCCAUGCGCUACUAUCAAUCCAACUUCCUGGGCAGGUGUCCCUUCAUCGUUCCCUACACUUAUGAGGGUUUCAGUUGGGACUGUAAUGAAAAACUGCCGUUUGUGUGCGAGACCCUCAAUGUCACAUCUGUGGAGAAAGGAAACACUACAUGGCACUCACCUGGCAAACAGUGUGGAGCUGGAACCCAGCAAUUCAGAGACAAGUGCUACUGGAUUUUGACUUCGUCUUAUUACCAGAGUUUCAAAAAAACCAAUGAGCUCUGUGAGAGUCUGCAAGGCUCGUUGAUCACCAUUUCUGACCAGGCUGAACAAGAUUUCAUCACAACCCUGUUACCACAGUUUGAAGGGCAACCUAAAAAGGUGUGGAUUGGCUUGAAGUUCAAGCUUCAUGACACUCAAUGGGUGGACAACUCGCCGGUUUCGUAUCUGAACUUAAAUCCUCUUCUACACGGCCAGUCCCGGACCAUGUUCAUCAAUCCAUUUGAACAGGAUCCCCUGGAGCUCUGUGCCUACAUGUAUACUGAUACCCAUUCUGACAUAAUGGGUACCUGGGACUACACCUCCUGCUCCGACCGUCAGUUUUCCAGUGUCUGCCAAUAUUAUGCAGAUAAACCAGAAGAACCAGUAAUGACGAGAGAAGAAGAGUUUACGGCUGAUAAUCAUACAUUCAAGGUGGUACUGGAGAAAAAUGUAACAUGGAUAGAUGCUCUUCAGUUGUGCCGUGAACAGAACAUGACCCUGGCCAGCGUAGCGAAUGCGUAUAUUCAAGCACUACUGACAGUUCACGUUAACCGCAGAAGACAGCCUCUCUGGAUUGGACUCUUUAGCGUAGAUAAUGGGGAGCACUACGUCUGGGAAGAUGAAAGCCACACCGAGUUUAGCCGCUGGACCCCUGAAGCCACAGCAGGGGACUGUGUGUAUCUGGACGCUGAUGGAUUCUGGAAAGCUACCCAGUGUGAAGAACAGCUUUCAGGAGCUAUCUGCCAUGUCCCACAACCUGCGAUCAUCAUACCUGAAGUGGGUUUGGUCAAAUGUCCUCACAAGAGCAAUGGACAGAACUGGAUCCGUUUUAAGAAGAACUGCUAUACUUUACUGCUGGGCUCCUCCAGGUGGACCAACGGCGACAUCAAUGACCUGCAGAUCUGCAAGAGACAAGCUGGGUAUGGAGAAAUUCUGACCAUUCGUGAUGAAGAGGAAAAUGAUUUUAUCAGACAGCAGCUGCAGCCAUUCAAAAGCGUGGCCAUGUUUGUGUGGCUUGGAAUGAAGAGAAACAAGACAGAUGAGCAGUUGAAAUGGCUGGACGGCACCAAUGUGCAGUACUCCAGGUGGAAAUAUGGUGAAAGACCAAACAUCACACAACCCUUUAUGGUUGGACUGAACUUGAACGGAGAAUGGGCUCCGAUAACAAAUUCAAGGCUUUUUAUGGCUCUCAAACAGCAGAGUAUCGUGGUGUGCAAGAUUGAGAAAGAAGCCAAAGAUGAGUUCCUGAAGGAUGUGGUUGAAGUCAAGGCUCCAGAAGGCAUCAGUUACCGUCGAGUGGCCAAGAAAAUGGACUGGUAUCAGGCACUUAAGGAGUGUGGCAGCAAUGGAGGUCAUCUGGCCAGCAUCUCUGAUCAAACAGAUAAUGACAACAUGGCAGUCAUCGCCCGAAGAGAUGGCUUCUCUUUAUGGAUCGGCCUUUCCGAUCAUGAUGUUAGCGGGUGGCCCUUUGAAUGGUCAGAUGGGACGCCUCUAAAAUACAAGCCUGAGGGUUUUGUAAAUGACGGCCAUGAGUCUGAGGAAAAGUGUGUGUUUGUGGACUCUGAAGGCAUGUGGACGGUGGUCAGCUGCCAUACGACACAAGAGGGGGCCAUCUGCUAUAACCACGUCAAUGCCAAGCCAAGUGGACAGGUCUCUUCCCAGAGCAGCAGCUGUCCAAAGAGUAAUGAUCAGUCAUCCUGGGUUGCGUUUAAAGAUCACUGUUACACAUUCAACACUCACAACUACUCCGUCUUGAACAUGGAGGAUGCAAAGAAUGUGUGUCUGACACUGGAUUCAUCCUCCAAGCUGUUAACCAUCAAGAGUCAAGAGGAAAAUGAUUUCAUCUCCAGUUAUUUAAAAGAAAACCCUUCCAUCACCAGCCGAGUGUGGCUGGCGCUCAACAUUGACACCAAAGAUAAGCCUACGGGUUGGGAAGAUGGCAGUGAGCUGGACUUUUCUAAGUGGGACACAAAGUCAGGGCCACAGUUAUCACAGGAUACGUCACAGGUCUGUGGAGUCAUGGUGUCGAGUAAUGGCAUCUGGACCCGAGCUAGCUGCACCAACAGUCGCAGUCGAAUCGUCUGCAAAGCACCUGCACAGUCCGGCAGCCCCGUGGCUUUGGUCUUCUUCAUCAUCGUUCUUAUCUGCAUCGCCGCAGCUGCUUCCUUCAUCAUAUAUCAGAAAACCAGACACCGCUUCAGUUCAACCGUACGUUACCAGCGCAACUUUGAUGACGCGGACAGCACAAGUAUGAUCACAGAUGCAGAAUGAUUCUUUAUGAAGAAUAGCUUUAAUGUGCCUUUUAGUAAACAAAGGUAAAUAAAAUAAAUAAAGGUUAUUUAUUAAUUACAGUUCGUUGCACAACACGGCUCAAUCAGACAUCCUAACAGUUUGUAUGGAUAAAAACAAGAGAGGUGUUAUUUAAGGUUUAAUGUUUAAAUUAAAAUGAAAUGUGUGCGUAUUUUAAUGAGAGGACUGCAGGUACUUAUCAGGAAAAGUUCACCAAAAAAUUAGAACUAUUUUACUCACCCUCAUGUUGUGCCAAACCUAUUAGCAGACUUUUUUAUAUACAUUGUAGGUGAAUGGUGACCAUGAUAUCCUGGUCGCUAUCCAUCCUCAGUGUGUUAAAAAGAACAUCUUCCUUUUAACGUCCCUCUAUCGAAAGCCAUAUGGGUUGAAAAUGUGAAGAUGAGUAAAAGAUUUUCUGAAUUUACAUUUUUCGGGAGGACUGUAUGUGUAACUUUGCCUUUCCCUGAUAUUACAUUUUUUUUUAUCAGGGUUUUGCACUCCUGUUGAGCAGCACUGAAUAAUAACUUACUUUUAGAGCUAACCUGGUUUUGAGAUUUUUGACAAAGUUUAGUUUUGUGAAGAUGUGAUUUUAACAAAGAUUUACUGUUCAGAAAUCAUUUAAUGCACCUUGAUGAGAAUCCUUUCUGAAUACUGUAUUGUUUAAUUGCUUUAUUUCUCCUUAAUUUUUAUAUUAAAUGAUUUCUAGAAAUACAGAUUCAAAGAUCUUGCAUAGAUACUAUUAGUCAUCAAUAGAAAUGAACAUUCCUGUCAAAUCUGCCAUAAUGGUGUUUUCCCAAAAAGCCGAGAAUAUGUUUAUGUAAAGCAUCAAAGUGUUGACUGCAUGGCUUACAUAACAUGUACUUCUCUCUUGUGGCCUUAGUGCUGUAUAACAGCUUAUAGUAGUGCACCGAAUGCUGUACGUGAUGAUAAAGUGAUCCCUGGCACUCAGAUAUAAUAUCCUAUGCACCUAAUGUACUCAAACUACUGAGAUCUGAUGCACUUUAAUGAGUUGUUUCAAUUCUAACUUCAAGCACAAAUUUCACACCUUUAAUGAAGGAUUUAGUACUUGUUUUGUACAUUUUUGUAGUACUUUUGUUGUUACUGUUUAUUGCUUGUUUGGGUUUUCUCUUUUUUCAAAGACAAGCAAACUACACCAAAGAUGCUUUUGGAAUCGAUGGUAAUCUUUUGCAAUACUUUCAUUAAAUAAAUGCUGCUUUUGUAAAAAAAAAAGCUUUUAAACAGAAUCUCUUCUUUUGUAAUUUGAUUGUUAUUGUUAUUUAAAUAACAUGCAGCUUUCCUCUGUUUGAUCGCAGCACAAGUUGAUCAAAAAUAAAAGCCUUCUAAUAUGAAAUAUACUGUAGUG